UGCAGCAGAUCCAGCUUCCAGGUCAACAUGAAGGCUCUCCUCUCUCUGGGGCUCCUCCUGCUUUCUGUCACUGUCCAGGCCAAGGUGUGCAAGCAUUGUAAGUUGGUUACACUUCUGAAAAGCCAUGGAAUGGAUGGCUACAGGGGACUCAACAUGACAAACUGGGUGUGUUUGGCUCAGCAUGGAAGCAAUUAUAACACACAAAUUACAAACUACAACCCUGGGGACCAAAGCACCAACUAUGGAAUAUUUCAGAUCAAUAGCCGAUACUGGUGUAAUGAUGACAAAACCCUGAGAGCAGUGAAUGCCUGUGGGAUCCCCUGCAGUGCUUUGCUCCUGGAUGACAUCACUCAAGCCAUAAAAUGUGCCAAGACAGUUGUGAAGAGUCCAGAAGACAUGAAAAUAUGGGUGGCCUGGAGAAACCACUGUCCAAACCGAGAUCUCACCCAGUACAUUGGCAACUGUGGAGUCUAACCGCCGUGUGCCUCCACCUCAGCUCACCCUGUCUCUUUCUUGCCAUAGAAGCAGUUAUGGCGAAGGCCACACUUCCUCAGUUUCCCCUUUAGACAAGCAGGCUUUUAUCAGAAACAGAAGCAACAUGGAGACUGUUUCCUAAGAGGCUUAAUGCUGACUAAUGUGUUCACUGCUGUAUGGAAAGCCUCCAUUAUUCUAUUAGUCAAGGCAGCAGAUGCCGGUGACAGUGAUCUAGCAUUGAGUGUCACACACAUCUCUGUACAUCAGUUCUUCACCUAUGAAGUAAUUCACAUUAUGUUUCAUUGGAAUUAAUCUUCAUCACCCCACUGUUGGAUAGAGAUACAGCAAAUAUGUGAGGAGACAGUAGAUAUUGGGUGAAAUGGCAGCUGUGUGAGCUCCCAGGCCUUGUGUGGGCUCAGCACCCAGACAGUGAAGAAGAGCCACUGUGUGGUACAAAGCUGGUUAUUACGAGAACAGAACUCUGAGUGGAUAGAACUGAGAUUAUCUAAACUCAGAAACUUGGUGUCAUGAAAUGUGUGACCUUUCAAAA